CCGCCGCGCAAACUGAGCACCGGCGUGAGCUUCGGCGCUGAGCAUUUCGCCGAGACGUCCUACUACUUCGAGGGAGGUCUGCGCAAGGUGCGCCCUUACUAUUUUGACUUCCGCACCUACUGCAAGGGGCGCUGGGUGGGCCGCAGCCUCCUGCAGGUGUUCAGCAGUGAGUUCCGCGCGCAGCCUCUCUCGUACUACCGCGCUGCCGCCCGCGCCGGCCGUCUGCCUUUCUCCUUGGUCUCCGGGAAUGGGAAUACACCGUGGAACAACGACUUCCUCAGGAACACAGUGCACCGCCACGAGCCGCCGGUCACUGCUGAGCCCAUCCGCAUCCUGGCGCAGGAUGAGGAGGUGGUGGUGGUGGACAAACCUUCCUCCCUGCCUGUCCAUCCCUGUGGCAGGUUCAGGCACAACACUGUCAUCUUCAUCCUGGGCAAGGAGCACGGCCUGAAGGAGCUGCACACCAUCCACCGCCUCGACCGCAUGACCUCAGGUGUCCUCAUGUUCGCCAAGACCGCGGCCGUGUCCAAGAGGAUUGAUGAGCAGGUCCGGGAGAGGCAGCUGGAGAAGGAAUACGUGUGCCGGGUCGUGGGUGAGUUCCCAGCACACGAGGUGGUCUGUGAGGAGCCCAUCCUGGUUGUUUCUUACAAGGUGGGAGUGUGCCGGGUAGAUCCCAAAGGAAAAUCCUGCAAAACCAUCUUCCAGAGGCUCAGCUACAACGGCAGCACCAGCGUGGUCAGGUGUGUGCCGCACACCGGCCGCACACACCAGAUCCGUGUCCACCUGCAGUACUUGGGACAUCCCAUUGUCAAUGAUCCCAUCUAUAACAUGGAAGCGUGGGGCCCGGACAGGGGGAAGGGUGGGAAGAUUGGGAAAACGGAUGAGGAGCUCCUGAAGGCACUGGUAGAGGAGCAUCGUUCCAAGCAGAGCCUGGAGGUCUUGGGUAUUUCUGAGGAGGAUUUGAGCUCCAGUGGUGAAAAUAAAGACUGUGGGAAUUCAGGUGACUCCACAAAGUCUGCAGAGGCUGAUCCUCUAAAUGGAAUUUCCUGCCCUGAAGAGGAUGCAAAGGAUCCCAGGAGGGACACAAAGGAUCCUGAUGGGAGCAUGGAGGUUCCCAAGAGAAACGAUGUAGCAGUUUGUCCACUAAACUCUGAUACCAACCUGGAAACACUUGAUACAGACAAAGAACUUGUUUCAUGUGGGAAUCAGGAUGGGCAAAUGGGGGAGAAGGGUUGGGAAGAGAAGGACCCUUUGUGUGUGGAGUGUAGGAUGACCAGGAGGGAUCCAUCUCCCAAGGAGCUGGUGAUGUUCCUCCAUGCCUUGCGCUACAAGGGAGCAGAGUUUGAGUACUGCUCCAAGAUGCCUGAGUGGGCAAUGGAUGACUGGGAGGAAUGA